UCUCAAAAAAAUAUUCUCAGCCUCAGUUCGACCAAGUCUGCCUGGUCGUGUCCGUUAUCAUUUAAUUAUUAGUGUUUUUUUUUGGCUUUCUCUACAAUUCAUUCCAUUAAAAUAUUGAAAAUGGCCAACAGAUACGUAGCACAAUUUUUGCUCAGGCGUGUUCCGGAAGUGAGGAGGAGUACACAGAAAAUAACUCCUACUAUUAAAUUCUAUUCCACACAAGUCCAAAACUACGAAUUUAUCAAAGUAGAAACUACUGGCGAAAAAAAGAAUGUGGGUUUAAUUACCCUCAAUAGACCAAAGGCAUUAAACGCAUUGUGCGAUAAAUUAAUGACCGAAGUCAAUGAAGCAAUAAAAAAAUUCGAUAAUGAGGAUACAGUUGGUGCUGUUGUCAUCACAGGAAGUGAAAAAGCAUUUGCAGCAGGUGCUGAUAUUAAGGAGAUGCAGAAUAAUACGUAUUCUGAAUGUAUCAGUGGAAAUUUUUUGACCCAUUGGAAUGGAGUAGCGACUGCCAGAAAACCAAUUAUUGCUGCUGUUAAUGGUUAUGCAUUAGGCGGAGGUUGCGAAUUAGCCAUGAUGUGUGACAUUAUUUAUGCGGGUGACAAAGCAAAGUUUGGUCAACCGGAAAUCGCGAUCGGAACUAUUCCAGGCGCAGGUGGUACCCAGAGACUAACCAGAGCCGUUGGCAAAAGUAAAGCCAUGGAAAUUGUCCUCACUGGAAAUCAAAUUACCGCCGAAGAAGCUGAAAAAAGCGGUCUGGUAAGCAAAGUUGUUCCAUCUGAUAAACUGGUGACAGAGGCUGUGAAACUCGGCGAGAAAAUUGCUUCUCAUUCUCCACUGAUUGUCUCUAUGGCAAAGGAGUCUGUGAACAAAGCUUUUGAAUUGACUUUACAAGAGGGACUUCAUUUCGAGAAAAGAAUGUUCCAUGGCACUUUCGCUACGGCUGACAGAAAGGAAGGCAUGACAGCCUUUACAGAAAAGCGUGCCCCCAAGUUUACAAACCAGUGAUCAAUUACUCAAAAAAUGAUCUACUCGACGCGUCUUAAGGCCAUUUUAUAAUUAUCCGAUCCCUACUUUACCGACAUUUUUUGCGCAUCAACUUACUUUUAUACGAAUUGAGAUAUCAUGUUGAAAAUUUUCGAUAUUAAUUAAAAAGCAAUAAGGAAUUUCGCCCUAAAUUUCUGGAAAUACAAAAAAAAAAUUGGAAAAUU